AGGGAUCGUUUAUGGGAUAUCUGUGAAAACAGGAGAGAUGAAGCUGAGCAAGAACGUUGUGAUAUCAUGAACGAUGGCUGGUUGCCAGACCGAAUUGGGCUUCUGAUGAACCACAUCUUCUCACUUAUGCAGAAUGAAAUGGACCGUUUCCAAGAUACCAAAAAACUUCUGCAUGACUAUUAUAGAGCAAUGGAAGGCAAAAUUCCAACAGACACCAGUUCCGACUUUACCAGAAUACCAUUGAUAGAUCUUACGGAAAGAAAACCAUCUCUGGAAGAGAGCAAGAUGAAAAUAAUACCUAUGAUUGCGCACAGAUCACCUUCACCAGAGGUUAACAGAGAAAGGAUCAAAUUGAUUCCAGUUAAACUCAAGGACGAUCUGUUUUCAGAAAGUGUAAUAUUUAAUUUCAGCCCAGAUGAGAAACUGCUCACAGAGACAUGGCAUCAUAUUGUAACAACUAUAUCUUCCAUGGUGAGUUCUGAAAUACAGUCAAAAGAAGCGGAAGAGGAGAAGGAGCGGCUUCAGGAGGAAAUGAAGGAAAAAGAGCGCCUCAAAUCCUCGCAAACCGUUGCUGGCAAAGGUGGAAAGGAAGGGAAAGGGAAAGGAGGGAAAGGCGAAAAGGAAGCAAAAGGUGGGAAAGAAGCAAAAGAUGGGAAAGACGUCAAAGACAAGGACAGCAAAGAUGCCAAAAAAGGAAAAAAGAAAGGUGCACAUAGUCCAUCUACCACUGAAGUAAUAGCAAUUCCUUUAUCUCCAGAAGAAUUAAAGAAGCAAGAACUGAAGCUUAAAAUGAAACAGGAAUAUUUUGCUGCACUGGAGCAUGAAGCGGAGGCUGCAAAAUCUCGUCUUGAGCUGUUAAAAGUUAAAGGAUUAGCCUUCCUGGAGGAUCUACAAUCAAAGGCAGAAGAAACAUACAGAAAUAUGGAAAAAUGGCUUGGAGAGAGAUUUCUGGCUGAAAUGGCUAGUGUGGAUAAAUUAAUUGGGGUUGCCCGCAAUCGUAUUGAAGCUUCCUCCAGAAUUCAGUUUGAGUUAGUCCUGGAAGGAGUAGAUUUCUACGUUAAUGGUGAUAUAAAAAUAUUUGAAGAUCCUCCUCUUCCACCUCGUCCCCCAUCUGUGGAGACUGCUGCAAACAGUACACUCACUAUUUCACAGCUUAGUACUCUUCAUAAGCAGUUUCUACAGGUGGCACCUAAAGGUUUAAUACCAAGUAAAACAUUCAUAGAUAUUUUGUUUGAUUUGAUCACUUUGAAUCUUGGGUCCAAUAUGCUUCCUGAUGCCUGGCUGCAUCUCUCCAUGUAUGAUUUGCAGAGUCUAUCAUUAUUCCUACUUGUGAAUUUGGACACAGUGGACUGGCGCAGAUUCUUACAUGCAGCUUCCCAACCUUGGCCUAUUCCCACUGUAACGGAACUGCUCGAAACACUACAAAGAUUUCAGGAUGUGGAUAUUGAAGGAUCUGGAUUUGUCACCCAGGAAGAAUAUGAUCAGGUUGGUCUGUGGUUUAAAGACAGUGAAGAUUUAGCCAUACCUGAAAGUCCUACAGAGCCUUUACCAUUUAACCAUCAGAAGCAUCUCAUAGAAUUUUUGUUCACUUUAUUUUCUGAUCCUGAAAAAGACCCUCCUCAACUGAACUACACUAUGAUGCUGCUCUACUUUGCCUCUUACCCUGAUGCUAUAAAUGGUGUCUAUCGAGCCCUUAGUGUCGCAACAGGGACAUAUAUUCAAAGGGAAGAGAAGGAGAAAGAAGAUGAAGCCCUGUCUAUCGGCAAAGACGGACACAUCUCACUGGCUACACUUCUCCAUGUAUUCCAGUAUGAAACAAACAAAGCUUUUGACAAUCACAGAUUUAGUAGUCAUCUGACAGAAGAGGACAAUUAUGAGCAUUUCAUUAAGGUGUACAAGGAUCUUGGCUCUGAAGAGCUGCAGUCCAUCAAACUUGAACUCCUUUUGAAGCACCCCUUCAUUCAAGACUUAAUUAGUAACUACCAGGGGUACAAACUUCCU